AGUCAUCUCUACCGUAACUUGUCAGGAUCUACCAAAUACAUAAAAUUUUUGGCACAUGCGCAAAUUCAAAUUUUCAACUCGCACAAAAGAUAAAUCAUCAAUUCGGUUUAGACUCUACUACAGUUACUUAUCGUAAUAAGAUUUGUGUUAUAUAAAUUCGUAGUGAUUUUAUUUUAAUUUUAUUCAACAAAUAAGGCUGUCGUGUACAUUAACGAGACAGCAUUGCAAGUAAAUGUUAAUAAAUCUAUAUAAAAAUUGUGCCAUAAGAAAAUUACAAGCAAGCAACAUGCAUUAUAGUUCACAUUAGUUAUACUUAUAACGUAUCCAUGCAUCCAGAUUCGAGAUGAACAUUGAAGUGGUUUAUAUAAAUUUAUUGGUAUCCUGGAAUCACUACCUCCACUCUAUAUGUGGGAAUAGUCACGUCGGGUCAUCUUUAUGAAUAACUUUCAGUACAGAGAAAAAACCAAAGAAAAUUUGCAGUGCUUUCUGCCAGACACACAAAAUCGAUAAGCUCAACCACAUCAAUUCACGCAGUGUAAUUGUAUUUUGACAUUUUCACCACCGCCACCGCCACCACCAUCUUCACCAUCAGCAGCGACUGUCGUAAUCACCCUCAAAAGACUAAUUCGCCAAUAUAUUGCUUUCGUCACAAUGUCAUUCAUUAAUAAAUUGAAAUCAACUCCAUUGCCGCCAAUUAAAAAUAUCAUAAAUGUUGCCGUGCAAACAGCUCGUCAGCACAUACCAGAGAAGAAGGACUACGAACAGCCCGGCAGCAAUACAACAGGAACAGCAGCACAGCAUCCACAAGGAAUGUUCAAUGCAGGGGCUGGCGAGGCUCAAUACCAAGCACAAAUUGCUGAAAAACCAACCGAACUGAACCCGUUUCGCAAUCCAAAUGGAUGGACGGAUACAGACACAGGCGAAUACAAGAAUGAGGAAUAUCAGAACACUUCCUUUAUUGCAAAUGAAUACGAUGGAAGAUAUCAGCAAACAGAUGGAUUUAGACAAGGAAGCGUUGCGUCUGAGGGUAGCUCAUUCGUGUGUGAAGGCGAAGGAGGCGGUGGUACAAACAUCGACGAAUAUCAGGCUGCAUGGAAUGUUACUAAUGCCAUUCAAGGAAUGUUCAUCGUAUCAUUGCCGUUCGCAGUGCUGCACGGAGGUUAUUGGGCCAUCAUAGCAAUGAUUGGCAUAGCUUAUAUCUGCUGUUACACGGGAAAAGUUCUGGUGCAGUGUUUAUACGAACCCGACCCAAAUACUGGUCAAAUGAUUCGAGUGCGCGACAGCUACGUUGCAAUCGCAAAGGUCUGUUUUGGCCCAAAACUGGGGGCUCGUGCUGUUAGCAUUGCGCAACUGAUUGAGCUACUAAUGACUUGCAUUCUUUAUGUAGUUGUGUGUGGUGAUCUAUUAGCGGGCACUUAUCCUCAGGGCUCAUUUGAUUCCAGAUCUUGGAUGAUGUUUGUAGGUAUAUUUUUGUUGCCAAUGGGUUUUUUGAAAUCACUUAAAAUGGUAUCCACACUUUCAUUCUGGUGUACCAUGUCCCACAUUGUUAUCAAUGCCAUUAUUCUCGGUUAUUGCAUAUUAGAGAUUGGAGAAUGGGGUUGGUCCAAAGUACGAUGGAGCAUUGAUAUGGAGAACUUCCCCAUUUCGUUGGGUGUCAUUGUCUUUUCAUAUACUUCGCAAAUAUUUUUACCCUCCCUUGAGGGCAGUAUGGUCGAUCGUUCCAAAUUCAACUGGAUGUUAGAUUGGUCGCAUAUAGCAGCAGCGAUUUUCAAAGCCGGCUUUGGAUACAUCUGCUUUCUAACUUUCCAAGAUGACACACAACAAGUCAUCACAAACAAUCUGCACUCACAGGGUUUCAAGGGUUUAGUAAAUUUUUUUUUAGUAAUAAAAGCAAUACUCAGUUAUCCAUUGCCAUAUUAUGCUGCAUGCGAACUACUGGAACGAAACUUUUUUCGAGGGCCGCCUAAAACGAAAUUUCCCACAAUAUGGAAUUUGGACGGGGAAUUAAAAGUCUGGGGACUAGGAUUUCGGGUAGGUGUAAUAGUUUCCACGAUUAUGAUGGCCUGUUUCAUUCCACAUUUUUCAAUUCUUAUGGGAUUUAUUGGUAGUUUUACGGGCACCAUGUUGAGCUUCAUUUGGCCAUGUUAUUUCCAUUUAAAAAUCAAGGGUCAUCUACUAGAUCAAAAGGAGGUUGCAAAAGACUACCUCAUUAUCAGUCUCGGAGUCUUGUUCGGCGUUAUAGGCAUAUACGACUCAGGAAAUGCAUUAAUUAAUGCUUUUGAACUCGGGCUACCAUUUUAAAAUGGGAAUGGUAAAGCGCAAAUUAUCUCGAAAUUACGUGAAUCGAAAGUGACACACUUUAAGUUAAUCACAUGUAAAAGUUUCAAUAGACAGUUGGUAUAUUAUUACGGAGAAUUGAUUGAUUCAUAGUAUUUGUGACGUUUUUGUUGCAGGAUAUACGUAUGUAGUAAUUUAGAUGCUUAAUUUGUUCAUACAAUUUUUUUUAUCUUUAGAGUAAGAUAGCUAUAGCCAUUUAACAAUUAGUCAAAAUGGCAAAAUUUAAAAUAAGAAACGAUGUCUUCCAAAUGAUAUGUGUAGAAUUAUAAAACAGAUGUUCUAUACAAAUUGUAACGUGAAAAAUGUCUUCCAAAACGAUCUUAGUAUAAAAAUAUAUACAAUAAUAUUUGAUUAAGAAUAGUACAUACAAAUGCAUCUCCUACAUGUGUUUGUGCUUAGUUUAAGAAUAAUGUUGAAACAUGUCUUCCAAGAUACUUACAUAUAUCAUAUACUUACUAUUAUAGAUAGAUACUUAUAUACAUGUACAUGUAUUGUAUUAUAUGGAUAUUUUUUUUUU